UGUUCGUUCCAAACUGACAAUUGUAUCCAUUCUUCUGUCAACUGUUUAGUGUGUGUCAGUAAUUCGUCUGUCCUGUUGUUUAUCGAAGUAACUUAACUUUGUUGUAAUCUAACAUAGAUUUCUCCAAAUCCCACUUGAUUCUUCUUUCCUGAAUAGGGCUCUUCUCUUCAAUUCAAAACCUUAUUACAACAAUCUCUCUUUCUCUUUAUCCCUCUUCUCCCCCCCAAUUGUCUAUCCAAUGGUAGCAGAAUCAGCUUUCUGUUGAAGAAGGUAAAUCGGUGUGCGAGUUGUCUAAAAAUCUCCAUCUUUUUUUUUUGUGAAGUGGGUCUCUGGUAAUAAACUUUUGGCCUAUAUAUAUCAAAGAACCUCAAUGGCGAAGAAGAGGGGCAGGCCCAGGAAAUUGAAGAAAGAAGAAAUAGCUGAAGAUUGGUGCUUUGAAUGUAAAGAUGGAGGAGAGCUCAUGAUUUGUGAUUAUGGGCAAUGCUUGAAAGCGUAUCACCCUGAAUGUGUGGGGAUAGCUGACUCGUUUCUGACAAGUGAUAAACGUUGGAUAUGUGGAUGGCAUAAAUGCUUAGUUUGCCAGAGAAGUCCAAAUUAUCACUGUUAUUGUUGUGAUAGAGCUGUAUGCUCUCGGUGCAUUGGUCGAGUCGAGUUUGUCCUUCUUAAAGGGAAGUAUGGAUUCUGCAAUAACUGCCUAAAGCUCGCAUUGCUCGUGGAAGAAGACGUGAAUGUUGAUUCUGAUGGGGAAAGCGUAGACCUCAGAGAUCGGGAAACAUACGAGGGCCUUUUCAGGGAGUAUUACGAGAUAGUAAAGGAAAAAGAAGGAUUUGACAAAAAUAGUGUUCUUGCUGCUAAGGCUCAACUAGACAAGGAAAAAAGUUGCCGUAUUAACUCUGAUUCAGAUAAAUGUAGUGAUGAAGAGGAUGAAUUUAGUGAAGAAGAGGAUGAGCAACUCGCUUCGGACGAUGGAGAUUUAAAUGACGGAGAACCUUACAAGAAAGGACUUAAAAAGAAGAGAUGUACACAGCAAAAAGCAAAGAUGCAAAGAACAGUAAAGUCAAAGAAAAAUGAAUUUGUUGGAUGGGGAUCAAAAGCUCUAAUUGACUUUCUUCAGUUUAUUGGCCAAGAUACUAGAGAAAAAUUAUCUCAAUAUGAUGUGACCUCGAUCAUAAGUAAAUAUGUAAAAGAACAUAACCUUAUCCAUCCAGUUAAAAAGAAAAGGAUCGUUUGUGAUGUUUGGUUACAAGCUGUUUUUGGGAAGAAAGAGGUCAACAGACACAGAAUAUAUAGCCUCCUUGACAGCCACUUUGUUGAAAAUGAGGAGCGAUCAGAAAAGGAUGAGCUUGAUCAUGAUCUUGAAGACAAUGACACAGAAAAGGUGGCUGAGAAAAAGGCUGAACAAAACAAGAUGUCCUCAGUCAAGUAUUCAACUGCAGCUCAAAGUCCACCUGAACAAAACAAGAUGUUCUCAGUUAAGUAUUCAACCGCAGUUAAGAGUCCGUUUGCAGCCUUGAUUCCUGAAAAUAUCAAACUUGUUUACCUGAAGAGGAGCUUGGUGCUGGAGAUUAUCAAACAGCCUCAGCCAAUUGAAACAAAGAUUAUAGGAAGUUUUGUCCGGAUCAAGUUAGACCCAUGUGAUUACAAGCGGAGUAACUCUCAUCAGCUUGUGCAAAUUGCAGGGAUCAAGCACGGAUCAAGCGAUAACUGCAACAGCGAGAUUUUUCUUCAAGUUUCAAAUAUGUCCACAGAUGUUUGCUUGACCAUGCUUUCUGAUGAUGAGUUUUCUAGGGAAGAAUGUGAUGAUCUGAGAGAGAAGGUGAAAAAAGGCCUGCUUAAAAAGCCUACAAUUGUGGAGCUUGAACAGAAGGCUAAAAUCCUUCAUGAGGACAUCACAAAGCAUAGGAUUGCUCGAGAGCUGGAUUUAUUGAAGAAACUCAUUGACCGGGCAAAUGAGAAAGGAUGGAGAUAUGAACUUUUCCGGCAUUUGGAGAGAAAAAAGCUCCUACAGCAACCUUCGUACCUGUCAUGUGUGCUACAGAAUAUUCCCGGAGUGAUUCCUGAGGAAGUAGAGCUUGAAGCUCUGGCUAAGGAUGAGAGCGAUGGUAAUGAGAUGCAGCAAUGCUCAGAUAAGACAACCCCUCCAAAGCAGAAUAUUUUGGGAGUGAUUCCUGAGGAAGUAGAGCUUGAAGCUCUGGCUAAGGAUGAGAGUGAUGGUAAUGAGAUGCAGCAAUGCUCAGAUAAGACAACCCCUCCAAAGCAGAAUAUUUUGGGAGUGAUUCCUGAGGAAGUAGAGCUUGAAGCUCUGGCUAAGGAUGAGAGUGAUGGUAAUGAGAUGCAGCAAUGCUCAGAUAAGACAACCCCUCCAAAGCAGAAUAUUUCGGGAGUGAUUCCUGUGGAAGAAGAGCUUGAAGCUCUGGAUAAGGACAAGAAAGAUUGCAGUCAGAUGCAGCAAUGGUUGGAUGAGACGACCAAAGUUGUCAUAUGCAAAGAGGAAGAUGGAGCAGCUCGUGAACCCUCUCCUUCAAAACUUCAGUAGCUCGCUUCUAAUGGAGGGGAAAGAUGUGCAUCUAUCAGUUGCAGAUAUUACCUUGGUAUAUUAGUUGCUAGAAAGGUUAUUCAGUUCUAGCUUUGUUUUCUAUAUUAUAGCCAGUUAAACUUUUUCCAGACUGCUCUAGCUAUAAGAAAAGCCGGAUGAACUCGUUGUAAACAUUUUGUGCUUGAACUUUUGGGUCUUCCCUGUUGUGCACACUGAAAAGCGGGGAGUCAUUUACAAGUAGGCAUAUUAAUGUGGAAAAUCAUCUAAGUGGUGAUAUGAAUGAAAUUUAGAAUUGGG